AUGAGCUUGCUACAAAACGAAAGUUUGGUAAUAGAAAAGAACUGUUCCGAUUCAAAUGCUAACAAUUUGAAAACGGCUCUUCACGCCAGUGUAAUCAUCUUGAUAAUGGCUCUUAUAGUUCUUGGAAAUCUUAUGGUGCUUAUCGUAACUUUUCGCCAAAGAAGCCGUCCCAGCGUGCGAGUGGCAAACAUGUUCAUCGCCAAUCUCGCUGUUGUGGACCUCUCCGUUGCAGUAUUACUGUUUCCCUUUUCCGUUGUGACGAUUCUACUUCGUCGAUGGGCCUUUGGAGAGGCGUUAUGUCAGUUCAAUGGCGCCACUAAUAUGAUUGCGGGUGCAGCUUCCAUCCUGACAAUGGCAGUUAUCAGCUUUGACAGGUAUGAAACUGUUUCUUUGAGGAGAUGAGGAGAACAGGCUUUUAAUUUCAAUCUCUUUAGGUACAUUUGAACGAGAUCCCAAAGAGAUAUCUCUUCGUAGAUGGUUAUACAUUCGGCUUUCGGUUCUUAGGGAUAAGAUGAUCAUGUUAGGAGACUCAAUUAGACGUGUAAAGCUUUUAUUUAAGUAAUCUCAUUUUUAGUUUUUUUAGCCAAUUUUGGAAAACUCUUGAGGAUAUAGGAAUAGCUAGCGAAAUUUUCUGUUGUGAGUUUGACGAGACAGCGAAAAGAAACAUUCCCGGGAAACUAGAUUUCUUGAAUCUGAAAGUGAGGAAUCUUUUUUUGCAAGCGUGAUGCUGUCUCACCUACAACUGUCAGUGACAAGAUUGGGUGUUUAUUUCAUUUUUUUUUUUUUCACUCAUAUUCCGACUGUUCUCACUCCAGGUAUCGUGCAAUAGUUUCGCCACCGGGCAGUAAGGUCACCCCCAAACAGGCCUGGGUACUACUAGCCGUAAUAUGGGCGUGGUCGAUCACCAUUGGCGUUCUUCCAGUUCUUGGUUGGAACCAAUACGCACAUAGCUCUCUGAACACCAUGUGCAAGAUUUCGUUCAGCGAGGGACGCGGCUACAUCCUUUUGGUGAUAAUUAGCUGUUUUGUGAUGCCAUUAUUAGCAAUGCUCUACUGCUAUCUGCGAAUUUUCUUCAAAGUGCGUUUCCACAAGAAGCAAGUUCAACGAUGGAGUGACAGCAGACAAUCACAGAAAAAUUUUAGGCGCGAAACGAAGACAGCGCAAGUGGUUUUCACGGUGCUUUUCGUUUUUGUUGUGUGUUGGAGCCCGUUUGUCAUUGUGCAUUUUCUGCAGUCACUUCCAACAAUAAGCAUUUCACGCGUUGUUUUUCAUUUAGUAACGCUUGUAGCAGGCGUGCAUUCGGUUUGCAACCCAAUCAUCUAUACCACCAUGAACAGAGCGUUUCGUAACGAGUUGCGCCAAGUAUGUCAGUGCGUUGUUUGUGGGCGCGUCAAAUGCUGCGGCGGUGAUAACCUUGUACAGCCCUUUAGUUUGGAAACUAGUUUCACAUAA